AUGCAUGUGUCAUCCCCCAAAAUCACUGCAUUCUAUCAGGUGACCUUGACCACAUCGACGAGACGCACACAGCGACCUGCCGCCUCGAGAGGAGACGCAUUGAUGGGGCCCGACCUAUGUGGUGCCUGCUUCCGGGAGUUGCUGGAAUUGGCACUGUGCAUCCAAAGUGCGCUGAUUGACAAGGCAUCUGACUUGGUGGAGCUUCGUUGGAGAUCUCACAGUCCUGCAGGUUCACCUGAUAUCUUGGAUCUGGUGAGGUGUAUAGUUGAAGAACCCUGGUCUGAAGGAUGUGAGACUUUGGCUGUGGUGUAUCUGGAGCAUCUCAUUGCGGGCUUCCGGCAGCAACAAGUUGCACAGUUCGCGGCGGCUGACGUGCGUGGCGCAUACGGGAUGCCAAGAAGCGACCGCUACGUAGCGGUAGCAGCACUGGGGAUUGUGGCAUUACAUGCCCUGGGGGCUGAGAACUGCUUGUUACCCUUGCGCGUUUGUCGUGGCGUUUGCACGGAUCCUUCUGUCCAGGAAGCGGCCAGACGUAAGCUGGAGGACCGGAGGGCCUUCCGAUUCCUCACCUUUUCUGGCCGAAAAGUUGUGGUCCGCGGCUUCAGAUGUGCCUGGUCAUGGCUCAAGCAACAGUCCCACGACAAGACCCGAGGAGAAGGGCUGCACCCGACAAGCGCGGCAUACUUCAAGACGGUGGGCCAGGGGCCAGAGAUGUAUGCCUUACUGGGCGAGCACGUCUACUACAAUGACCUGGGGAAAUGGCAUCAGUACCGCUCUGCCACAGUGAUAUCCUGGGAUGCUGUUGAAAACCCCAGUGGUUGA